AUGAAUGACGGAGAUGUGUCGAGGCAGAUCCAGCAGAUGGUGAGAUUCAUCCGCCAAGAGGCAGAGGAGAAGGCAAAUGAGAUCUCAGUCUCCGCUGAAGAAGAAUUCAACAUCGAGAAGCUCCAGCUAGUUGAGGCUGAGAAGAAGAAGAUCAGGCAGGAUUACGAGAAGAAGGAGAAGCAAGCUGAUGUGCGCAAGAAGAUUGAUUACUCCAUGCAGCUAAAUGCGUCAAGGAUCAAAGUUCUUCAAGCGCAGGAUGAUAUCGUCAAUGCCAUGAAAGACAAAGCAGCAAAGGAUCUUCUGAACGUGAGUGGCAAUGAGUCUGCCUACAAACAGCUUCUGAAGGAUCUGAUUGUUCAGUGUUUGCUUCGGUUGAAAGAACCAUCUGUGUUGUUGCGUUGCCGUGAAGAAGACUUGGGAUUAGUCGAAUCAAUUCUCGAUGACGCCAAGGAGGAGUAUGCUGGGAAAGCAAAGGUUCAUGCUCCAGAGGUUGCCGUGGACACUGAAAUCUUCCUUCCCCCUCCUCCGAAAUCGAGUGAUCCUCAUGGUCUCCACUGCUCUGGAGGUGUUGUGUUGGCUUCCAAGGAUGGGAAAAUCGUGUGCGAGAACACACUUGAUGCUCGUCUUGAUGUUGCAUUCCGUAUGAAUCUUCCAGUGAUCCGUAAGUCGUUGUUCGGCCAAGUUACUGCCUAA